GUCACCACAAACAUGAGCCACAAAGUGACAAAGAGCAGCAAGCAACUCUGCUGCUGCCAAAUUUUCAGUAUUUAAACUCACCUCCCGCACCACUCCGCUUCUCUCUCUAGCACUCCCCCCUUCUCCACCUCUCUCUCCACACACACACACACACGUUCUCUGUAUAUCUACAAAGUAAAACCCUAGCUACUCCACUAUAUAGUUUCUAAACAUUUUCUACUCCAUUUGUGCUAUUAAGUAAUCAAUGGGAGCUAUCAACAACGACGACUAUCCGCGCUAUCUCUACGCCUCAUCCAUGGCGGACCGCCGUGUUUCUAAGCAAGUUCACGAUAACGUUCACGGCAACAUUUAUCUCGAUCCUCUCUCUUUGAAGUUUGUUGAUACUGAACAGUUCCAGAGACUUCGUGACCUGAAACAACUAGGUCUCACAUACCUGGUUUAUCCAGGGGCAGUACAUUCUAGGUUUGAGCAUUCAUUAGGGGUGUAUUGGCUGGCUGGUGAAACUAUUCACAAGAUCAAGAUUGACCAGGGCUCUGAACUCGGCAUUGAUCACUUUGAUAUACAGACAGUAAAACUUGCUGGGCUGCUACAUGAUGUGGGCCAUGGACCUUUUAGCCACAUGUUUGAGAAAGAGUUUCUUCCCAAAGUUCGUCAUAACCACAAUUGGUCUCAUGAGCAAAUGUCUUUAAAGAUGAUUGACUACAUUGUUGAUGAGCACAAUAUAGAAAUUGAUCCUGACAUUCUGAAGAAAUUGAAGGAGAUGAUUGUUUCAAGUUCUGAGGAUACUUCAUCAACAAGUUUGAAAGAGAAACGCUUUUUGUAUGACAUUGUUGCCAAUGGUCGAAAUGGAAUAGAUGUUGACAAAUUUGAUUACAUUGUUCGGGACUCUCGGGCUUGUGGUUUGACAUGCUGUUUCCGUUUUGACAGACCUCUGGAUACCAUGCGAGUUAUAGGUGACGAGAUAUGUUAUCGUGCCAAGGAAUAUCUUACGAUAUACAAGCUGUUUUCCUCCCGUGCUGACUUGCAUAGAACAGUCUAUACACAUGCAAAAGUGAAGGCAAUAGAACUCAUGUUUGUUGAUGCCCUCACUAAGGCACAUAAUCACCUUGAUAUCUUGUCCUGCAUUGAUGACCCAGCUGAAUACUGGAAGUUAGAUGAUUCAAUUAUGAAACACAUUGAAACUACUAGAAGUGAAGAGCUCAAGGAGUCAAGGGAUCUGAUCUCGCGCAUUCGUCGAAGAGAUCUUUAUCAGUUCUGCAAUGAAUUCACUGUUCCCAAGGAUCAGCUGGAAUACUUCAAAGAUGUUACACCCCAAGAUAUUAUUUGUUCCCAGAAAGCUGGUGUUACACUAAAGGAAGAAGAUAUUGCAGUGAGCAAUAUAAAAAUUGACAUGACACGUGGAAGGAAAAAUCCUCUAGAAAGUAUCAAUUUUUUCAAGGAUUAUGAGUGUAAUGAAAAAUUCCCUAUUCCUGAUGAAAGGAUCAGUCUUUUGUUGCCCGAGUGUUUCCAAGAUAAGAUAGUCAGAGUGUACUCCAAGAAGCCUGAACUGGUUGAAAUAGUUUCUGAGGCUUUUGAGAACUUUCAAGUGAAGAAUUAUGGAAUGAAAACACAAGUUCAUGGCACUCCCCAGAAGAAGAGACAGAAGAAGUAGCUGCCAGUGGCGCAUCAGUUUGGUUUCAGCUGGAGCAUGUACAUGACUCUCUAAAUACAAUGGUACUUAAAAAAACAUACCAAAAUUUUGUUGCGGAUUAUAUAUAUAGGUUAUGAAAACAUAAAAAUGUGAACUAUAUGAUAUUUGAAUCUCGCCGCUAUGAAAACAUAAAGAUGCGAGCCAUAUGAUAUAUUGAUAUAACUGCUUGAGCAGAAUAUGUGGACCACGUGUAUCUCACCUG